AUGCGCUUCCAGGUCCAGAAUCAGCUGGAUGAGCUCGCUGUACAACUAGCGAAUGUUUCCCAGGACCGUGACGAAGCUCAAUCUCGUGCCAACGACUUAGAGCAACGAUUGAAUUCUGCUCUCGAAGUCCAGGCAACUCGGCAAGCAUCAGAAAACUCAGAGGCCACCUCCACCUUGCCAGAUGUUCGACCAACUGCUAACCCUGAGGAGUUUACGCCGGAAAAUUUCAUCUGGGUAAAACAGCAAUGGGACCGCGUUGCAAAAGAAAAUCUCAAAAUGGAUAACUCUCUAUACAUUGCUGGUGUAGAAAAACACCGGCUGGAGGCUGAAAAUAUCAGACUCUCUCGGGUAAUAGAGAACUAUCAGAAGCGGAAGAUGGGUCAUGGAAGGUCCAUGAACGACGCUGCACAGCAGACCGAAAAUGAGUCGCCGCGAAUAGCAACAGUGGCUACCCAAACAGAUUUUAUGGAUCAGAUCUCGCUGCAAAACACGGCGAACAAGCCCAUUGAGCCAGAGCAUCAGGCAGUUCCUCCUCAGCAACCGAGGAUUGUAAUGACCGACGCUGCAAUUCAAGCUGUAGAACAGCAUGACGAGAACAUUCUGCUUGAUGAGUUACCCGACCAAACAAUCAAAGACUCUGGGGCACUGGAGGUAACUAUACAAGAGCUAACAGGCGACAAAGAAAGGCUUGAAAAGCAACUUGAAGUGUGCAUCAAACAGAACGCUUCUGGACGGGACAGCUCGACACAGACAGAAGGGACAAGAGCUUCUCGGACUGAUCAUGAGAACAGGCUCGCUGAUAAGAGCGAAAAUAAUGUUAAUCGUCAGGAGAACACUGAGAGAAGAUCUGCUCUCGAGCAACCUCAAAACGAAGACAGCCCUCCAGAAGAACCAGAGAGUCAAGUCAGUGACGCAAACCCAGAAGAAGCGCAAAUCAGGAGUACAGACCCCGGAGUCGAGGUUCAAGGCGCCGAUGUCGAGAUGGGAGGUAUCACGACGGGACAAGAUUCACCAGCACCCCAAGACAUCGCGAUGGAAAACGAUGCCCCAGCGAUGCCAGCCACACCUCCAGCAAGAUUAGAAACAGAAGUAAUCCUGCGAUUCGAUCUACAGUGGCAUUUAAACAGUAUUAGUCGAGAUUCAAGAACGAACAGCGACGAUGCUAGACGCCGACGAGACAGCCGACGACCUGAACGCCAAAGACGACGAGAGCAGAGGAGGUUAGAAAGAGAGGAAGAAGCUCAGCGACCUCGCAAGCACCGUGAUCGUUCUUACGAAGUGUAUACACAGAAAAAGAAAACUCUAUGGCCACUUGGAUGGGUAAGAUAUCGCCGUCGAACCUUGAUGGAUUUCUUUUCGUUCAGCUACAUGUUUUCUCGCCGCUUAAGCUAUCGUAGCAGAUGCAUUUAA